UCCUGGUCCCCUACCUCAUCAUGCUGUUCGUGGAGGGAAUGCCGCUCCUGUACCUGGAACUGGCAGUGGGGCAGCGUAUGCGGCAGGGCAGCAUCGGCGCCUGGAGGACUGUCAGCCCCUACCUCAGUGGUGUCGGCGUGGCCAGCAUGGUGGUCUCCUUCUUCCUCACCGUGUACUACAACGUCAUCAACACCUGGGCCUUCUGGUACCUCUUUCAGUCCUUCCAGGAUCCACUGCCAUGGUCCGUCUGCCCCCUGAACGGGAACCACACAGGCUACGACGAGGAGUGUGAGAAGGCUUCCUCGACGCAGUACUUCUGGUACAGGAAGACCCUCAACAUCUCGCCAUCCAUCCAGGACAACGGGGGUGUGCAGUGGGAGCUGGCACUGUGCCUCAUCCUGGCCUGGCUCGUGGUGUAUCUGUGCAUCCUGCGGGGCACUGAGUCUACUGGCAAGGUGGUGUACUUCACUGCGUUGCUGCCCUACUGUGUGCUCAUCGUCUACCUGGUCAGGGGCCUCACGCUCCACGGAGCCACCAACGGCCUGAUGUACAUGUUCACUCCUAAGGUCAAACAGCUGGCCGACCCCAAGGCCUGGAUCAACGCAGCCACCCAGAUCUUCUUCUCACUUGGCCUGGGGUUCGGCAGCCUGAUUGCCUUUGCCAGCUACAAUGAGCUCUCCAGCAACUGCCAGAAGCAUGCCAUCAUCGUGGCCCUCAUCAACAGCAGCACCUCCAUAUUUGCCAGCAUCGUGACCUUCUCCAUCUACGGCUUCAAGGCCACCUUCAACUACGAAGACUGCUUGAACAAGGUGAUUCUGUUGCUGACCAAUUAUUUUGACCUUGAAGAAGGCUCUUUGACAGCCAGCAACCUGGAGGAGGUGAAGGGCCACCUCGCAUCAACCUACCCAAGCAAAUACAGUGAGGUGUUCCCACAAAUUAGAAACUGCAGCUUGGAAUCGGAGCUAGGCACGGCCGUCCAGGGCAGUGGCCUGUCUUUCAUCGUCUACACUGAGGCCAUUAAAAACAUGGAGGUGUCCCAGCUGUGGUCGGUGCUGUACUUCUUCAUGCUGUUGAUGCUGGGCAUUGGGAGCAUGCUGGGGAACACGGCAGCCAUCCUCACUCCUCUGACUGACAGCAGAGUCAUUUCCAGCCACCUGCCCAAGGAGGUCAUCUCAGGUCUGGUGUGCCUCAUCAACUGUGCCAUCGGCCUGGUGUUCACCACGGAGGCUGGCAGCUACUGGUUUGACAUAUUCAACGACUACGCAGCCACGCUGUCCCUGCUGCUCAUCGUCCUGGUGGAGACAGUGUCGGUGAGCUACGUGUACGGGCUGCGGAGAUUUGAAAGUGACCUGAAGGCCAUGACCGGUCAAGCUGUCAACUGGUACUGGAAGGCCAUGUGGGCCAUCGUGAGCCCGCUGCUGAUCAUCAGCCUCUUUAUCUUCUACCUGAGCGACUACGUCCUCAAGGGCACCCUGCAGUACCAAGCCUGGGAUGCCACCCAGGGCCAGCUGGUGACCAGGGAUUACCCCGUGUACGCACUGGCCAUCAUUGGGCUGCUUGUGGCCACCUCCAUCAUGUGCAUUCCCCUGGUGGCCCUGGGGGUUUUCAUCAUGCGAUGCCUCAAGAGGGGUGGCACAGCCCUCGUAGGCUGAGCACAACGUCAGCCGCUCGCUGUUUCCCAGCUACAUUUACAGGUAGAGCCUCCUGAACUGCUUUGAAAAAUAGUUAAGCGAGAAGUACUCAGCCUGUCAACUUCCUGAGUCUCUAAAGAAGAAUCAGGAAGGGGUGGAGGAAGAAGACUCCCCUGGGAGGAAACACACUCUUCAUGAAGCCACCCUUUCUCCCCUCUGCCUGCCCUAGGAAGGUCGCAGGUCGAGACCACGGUGCUGCCUCAUCAUUGAGGGGGGGAGGCUGUUAAAGCCAGCCUUGAAGAUAAUUGCUGCCUUGAUUCUAGGAAAGCCCUAGAAUUAAGGCACAUUGUGAGCUGAAAUUUGACUAUAACUUUUUUUAACAUUUAUUUGUAUGUAUUUGUGAGGUAGGUUGUGUUGUUUCAAUACAUGCAUAUACUGUACCUUGAUUCACUUAAGACAGUGGAGCUUUGUACCCAUUAAUCCACCACUUCCCCUCCCCGCGUUCCCCAGCCCUUCCAGCCUGACUAUAAUUUUUAUGGGACCAAAUUUAAGCAAUUUGGUCUUUUACUGAAGAGACACCAAAAUAUUAGAGGGCGAUCGCUUUUGGAUCAGUUUGAGGAGUUUGGAAGUGCCUGAGACUGCAUAUUUGAAUGUCAUUGGUGUGAAAUUAAUUUUUUUCUUUUAGUCAUAGUGCAUGUGCAAUUUGUGUGUUCCCUUUUCACUCUUUAAAUGCUAAUAGGAUUGACUGGUC